AUGGCUAAUCUCGGUUGGCAACUUGACUGCAUCGAGAAUCAACUAAAACGGAAGCAGCUGGGCACUGCUGUCAGGGUCGGGGAUCAGAUCAUCGAGCAGCACUCGCCCACAGUCAUUGAUUUGCUCUACAUGCCUGAGCCUAUGUCCAUCCUUCAGGGUGAAGGCGGGGGCCAGCUAAGCCGGAAGAAGAUGGUGACCAUUCCUGCAGGCAGCGUCCUUGCAUUCCGGGUCACCAAGUUGCUCAUUGACCCAACGUGGGAGUAUGACCAGAGGCAGCAUUCCUUUAGUCUGCUUGCUAUACUACAACCUAAGACUAUGGAACUUAGGGCCUGUGUCCGGUGUCCACGUGUCGACCCUGAGGCUCUACAGUUUGUGAAUCAGAUCUCUGGACUUGACCCAUCUACCGAGGAUUAUGCAAGCUCAACCGAGGAUUAUGCAAGCUCUCAGAGGCAUCGGAGGGUAGAGGCCUUUGUCCCUCCAGAUGAAAUCCAUGAGGAACAGGUGGCCAUGAAAGACUUCAAAGACCUGCAUGCAGAGGUGAAGGCCGGAUGCACACAACUCGGGUACUUAGGAAUGGAGUUAAGACAACAGCUACUAAUGGACAUUGGGAGGAUUUUACUUGACCAGCCCAGCAUGGAAGCCCUGGAGGCCUCACUGGGACAGGUCCUGUGCUGUGGUGGACAGGUAGAACCUCUGGAUGGCCCAGCAGGUAGCAUUCUAGAGUGUCUGAUGCUUCCCUGUGGAAAGUUGAUGCUGAAAUUCGCUGCCUCCAUCUUUUACCUGUUGGGAGCACUGACUGUGCUGAGUGAAACCCAGCAACAGCUGCUGGCUAGCGCUCUGGAGACAACGGUGCUGUCCAAGCAGCUGGAGUUGGUGGAGCGUAUCCUGGAAUGGAGCUUCCCACGGCAGAAGCAGAGCUAUGUGGCCCUACCCUUCAGAUGCUUUGGGAACAGCUGGCAUGAGGAGGCUCCCAUCUGGAUCUUGCUAGAAGAAUGUGGCCUAACACUGCAGGUGGACACCCCCCAGGUGCACUGGGAACCAACAUCUCAGGGCCCCACCUGUGCGCUCUAUGCCUCCCUGGCCCUAUUGUCAAGUCUCAGCCAGGGACCUUAGCAGUCCUCAUGCCUCCCUUCCCCCGGCAUCCUCAUGUCCUGCCCUCCAGCCAGGGCAGAAUUUAACCACAGGGCUACAAUGGAAGCAGGUGGGCCUAGGGGUUGAGAAAACUCAAUAAAUAUACAAAGAAAAGAAUAA